AUGGCAAUAAGAGUAGUGGAAAACGAUCCAUCAAGGACUCCCGUGAAAGUACCUUCCAUUCCUUUUCCUCAAAGACUUCGCAAGAAGUCAAUGGAAGAAAACAUUCAUCCUAUAGCUAUAAGGAGUGGCUAUGCGAAAUUUCUGAAAGAGAUGUUGACAAAGAAAAGAAAGCUUACGGAGUUUGAAACUGUGGCAUUAAAUGAGGAAAGUAGUGCAAGAGUCCAGAGCAAUUUGCCUCAUAAAUUAAAGGAUUCAAGGAGUUUUACUUUACCAAUUUCAAUUGGAAAUUCCUAUUCAAUUAAUGCAUUAUGUGAUACAGGUGCUAAUAUCAACCUAAUGUCGUAUUCUGUUUACAGGAAAUUGGGACUAGGUCAAGUCAAACCAACAUCAAUAACACUGCAACUAGUUGAUAGAACAAUUUCAAGGCCAUGUGGCAAAGUUGAGGACGUACUCAUAAAAGCAGGAAAUUUAAUAUUUCUAGCGGACUUCAUUGUGUUGGACAUAUCAGAAGAUCGAGACAUUCCAGUUAUAUUGGGUUGGCCAUUCUUAGCAAUGGGACGAACCUUGAUUGACAUGAAGAAUGGUGAGCUAAUAUUGAGAGUGGAAGACAAGUAA